CGCCGUUGUCUUGCCAAACCAGUGUGUUGUACGCUUGCUGAGAUUGGUCCCCUCACCAACACAGGCGCGCACACGUUUCCGAGAUACGAAACACACAAUUAAUGUCGUUUGCUUGGGCACGACCGUAUUUCUCGGACGAAAAGCAACCCAAGAACAGGAGGAGGGAGAGAGAGGGAGUAAGCGCAGUGUAUAUCGUGGAGAACACAAUCCCUUAUUUCUUGGUAAUAUACAGACUGCUGGAAAUUCAGUCCUUUGUGCUAGAUUUUCGAUAGCUUUAAUUCGUGGUACGCUGUUCGAUCGUAUGUAUAAAAGAUAGCGGUUUAGCGGAUAUUAUAGAGAAAUUGUCACUUUGGAACAAACGAUCGUACAUAUUUAGAAAAGCGAAACACACAUUGUACACGGAACUAUUGUUAAUUUCCCCAAAAAUUGCGCGCAAAUUGUAUGAUCCACCAACUGCUCCAAGCUGAAGGCGUGUACUCGUGGUGCGAGUUAGUAGCAGGAAAUCAUCAGUCAAUACGCCAUCGCUGGUGGGUGAGAAGCAAGCAAACCUUUUGCUGAAAAGCAGAAGCAACUCUCUAGCUAAAGUGAAAAUAAGUGGUUUAGUGUUGCAAUAUGUGUAAGAAAUAGCAUGUAAAGACUGCAUUUGCGUAGCUUUGGUAUGAUUAUUCUUGACCACGGUCCACAGUCCAAGAGAAUUUUUCCGCCCAAUUAAUGCGCCCUCCAAGGCGUGAUCGAGAUAACAGAGUGAUGAUUGCUUGUAGAUGCAACAGCCCCACGACUGGAGUGUGGUGACUAAAAGAUCAGCAUCACGCUUGCAACAUAAUGCGAACACACCGGUCAGAGGCAGUGGAAGUCCAUUCACAACCGUUACCUAUUCUCCAAUAUCUGCUUCGUCCAAGAAAAGUGAUUCAAAUGCACCGAACAAAGCUGGACAGGUAGUGUACACUUAUGGCAGUGCUAAGUUGCUGAAACAAUUCAAUUGGUUACUACCAACUACCACCACCACCAGCGCUACGAAUAACGACAACGCCGAUUCCAUUCCGAUUGACAAUCAAGAUGAGACAUCGUUGGACAGUCGAAACAAGCGAAAUAAUAUCGGCGACAACCAUGGGCCGAGAAGUAUUCGUUUCGCAAUGAAAACGUUGCAAUUUGCUAACGAUGGCUCCAAAUAUAUGUUUGACACGAGCUAUGACCGUGUAAUGAUCCUCGGUGAUCGCAUCUACGAGUGUGGCAAUGCCAUCUGUAAGCGGUUGGCGAUGGAGACGAAGCUAUCGAAGAAACAGCAACAGGAACAGGACAAAACCACCAACAAUCAGACCGAUUCUACAUCGUUGAAAGAGUCCAAUGUUGUGAAAGCGGAGCCCUCGGACGAAGACGAUCAUGCAGGAAAUGAUGGGAUAGAAGAGGGGAAAUUUGGCAACUGGUUCGAUGGUAUAAAGGUACACCAUGUAGACUAUCCCAGCUCGGAACCCAUUCGUGUGCUGGGAAGAAUUUUUGCCGAAUCGUCCCUUGUUGCCAAUGAGACAACUCCGACGGCAAGUGCUGGUCGGAAUCAUGUCAGCAAACUAGCAAUCGUAGAUUACGAUGAGCAUACAUUACGGAGCACCAGGCUGGAUUUGAGCAAAGUGCAGGCACCUUCAUGGUGGUCACUCUUCCCCGGCCAAACCGUGCUGCUCGAGGGUAUAAAUCCGCGUGGAUUGUUGUUUUCCGUGAGCCAAGUACAUUGUGAACGUACGCUGACGCUACCAGUCGCACCGACAAGCCUCGACAAAACGCUAACGCUAGUGAUCGCGAGUGCUCCAUUUACGGAUAGGGACGAUUUGCUGUACGAAAAGCUUUCCAAUCUGCUGAUGUACUGCAGUAACAAUCCACCCGAUGUGCUGAUCCUUACCGGACCAUUUGCCGAUGCUAACUGCAAGCUGUACGCGGAAGUGGCCGAAACGUUUGAUGAAUAUUUCGAGAAAAUUAUCGCCACAAUCAUGAACUCGAUCAGCGGCCAGACGGAGGUGUAUGUUGUCGCAAAUCAUAAUGAUUUAGUGAGUUCGUUUGUGUAUCCCACUCCACCGUACAAAGUGACCAGCUUCUACAAGAAUUUACACUUUCUGCCCGAUCCGUGUCUGUUCAGUGUCGAGGGUUUGGAAAUUGGCGUUACUACAGUCGACAUAAUAAAGCAGCUGAUCGAAAAUGAGUGUACGGCUGCCCAUGUAACAAUGCGUGGAUCGGCCGCACCAAUCGGGGGCGAUAAAAUCAAACGAGCGUACGGUCAUCUCUUUCAUCAGGCCUCGUUCUACCCACUGAAUCCGCCUUUCGAGGAUGUGCCGCUGGAUGUGGAUAUGCUGAACGAGUUUGGCCGGUUGAACCGGAUACCAAAUGUAAUGAUUUGUCCAAGCGCUCUUAACCGUUAUGUGCGGGAAAUAAAUGGUUGUAUUUGCAUAAAUCCCGGAUUCCUCGAUGGCCUCUCUGGAGACGGUUCGUACGCACGAUUGAUCAUACAACCGCCAGAAAUUGAUGAUCAGCAAUCGAAAGAAAAUCAAACGGCCUUCACUGGUAGUGCACCAUUAAAUCCGGCACCGGCCAGUUACAUUGCUUGCCAAAUAGUGAAAACGUGAUGUCGCGGAUAACUAUUAAUAAAAGACUAACAAAGGGACUGCAAACUAUUCCCGUCGACACAACAAA